AUGACAACCACAAAAACGUCCUCUUUUAGGGGUGGACGUGGGUCGGUUCGUUCAUUUUGUUUAUAUGGUGGAUUGAAUGAAAAACCUCCUAAGUAUCAGUCAACUAGUGCACUUAAUAGAGAUUUUCUUAGAAGGGUGCUUGAGGGGUUGGGAUUCCCAACUAUUUUCAUUGAUUGGGUGAUUAAAUGUAUUACAACACCUACAUACUCUACUGCACUUAAUAGGAGCAUCCAUGGCUUCUUUAAGGGAAAGAAAGGUCUUCGACAAGGUGACCCUCUCUCCCCAUUCCUGUUUGUGUUGUGCCUUGAAUAUUUUUCUAGAAUGGUGAAAGGAACUACUGAGAAUAGUGAAUUCAACUUCCAUCCUAAAUAUGCAUCUCUAAGAAGGGAUGUUAUAUCGGUUAGUAUCUUAAUGGAUUGCUUUACUAGAUUUGGUGAUAUGUCGAGACUUAAAAUGAAUUUAACAAAUCUAGCUUGUAUACCGCAAGAGUUCAUGGGGAGAAUGGAGCUUGUGAGAUCCGUUCUUAAAGGGGUGGAAUGCUUUUGGUUAUCCAUAUUCCCCAUACUGGCUACAAUUGCCUCCAAAGUUAUUAGUCUUUGUCGAAACUUCCUAUGGGAAUCCAAAAAAAUCAUUGGUGGCUUGGAACAAUAUUUGUCUACCAAAGCAUGA